AUGCGAAUAGUGACGCCGCAACGGUCCAAUUUGGUGAUGCAAAUGCUGCUGCAGAUCAAUGGCCAUGUCUCCAUCGUGUGGGCUUGCAGCUAUUUGCUGCACAUGAUCGUCUGUGUGGAUGUGCUGUGGAACUACAAGGGAUUGGCCAUGCUGGUGGCCUUUGUGCUGGCCACGGGUGCCGAAUCGUUGCGUCUCUAUGCCGGCUACUCGAUCAAUCUCUGCACCGGCGUCACAACGAUGUGGCUCCUAUUGACGCUGACGCCUUGCGUGCUGUUGCCCACGUUGCUCUAUUUGCGUCUGGUUGCUGUUUACGCCGUCACCUGGCUGCACAUUCUCUCGAAUCUGCAGUUUCUGUUGAUCACGCUCGAAGCUCUGGUGGCCAUCAUUCAUCAUGCUUUGUCUUCGGCCGCCGCCAGCGAAGUGGAGGGGAAGGGGAAUGGGAAGGGAAAGGAAACCGAAUUGAAAACAGAAACAGAGACAACGUUGCAGUGA